UUACGUCGCUAAUUUAGCAGUCGCUGAUUUUCUAAUAUGCGUCUUUUGUAUGGGGCCUCAUCUUCUAGGCACUUUAACUUAUCCAUUCUUUCUUAUGGGAGAAUUUAUGUGCAAAUUCAAUCCUUUUAUGCAAAUGACUUGUCUCACAGGUAGUGUUUUGACGCUCUCUGCCAUCUCGUGUGAUCGCUUUAUGGCGGUGAUGUUCCCUAUGCAAGUACGAAUUACGAAGCAGAGAACAUCAGUUGUUAUGAAAUGUAUCUGGAUAUUAUCCAUAAUAGUAGCUACACCAUUUUUAAUAAUCAAGAAACAUGUCGUAAUUAAGUGGCAUAAUUUUCUUGAACCAAGAUGUUGGGAACUGUGGCCUGAAGAGCACUACUACGACGAAUCAAUACAAGACUGCAGAAGCUACGAGCCCUUAAAAUCCAUCUACUACAUUGUUGUCACCCUGACUUUAUACUUCCUGCCUGUAGCCAUCAUGAUCACAGCUUACUCCCUUAUUCUGUGGAAAUUAUGGAUAUCAGAAGUACCUGGGGAACGCCAUGCUGCAAAUCUUAAUUGUCAAUCCAGAGCAAGGAAGAAAGUCAUUAAAAUGGUUUUUGUGGUUCUACUAGCAUUCAUUGUAUGUUGGAGCCCAUUUCAAUUUAUGGUGUUGUAUUAUGCGUACGGACAUAACCCAGACACGCAGAUUCCCCAAUGGCUUUUGAAGUUUGCUUGGUAUUCAUAUUACAUUGCUUAUGCCAACAGUUUCAUUAAUCCUAUUAUCUAUGGAAGCUUCAAUAAAACCUUUCGGGAAGGAUUUUGCAUAGUUCUCGGAUGCGGUUUACAAAGAGGAAGAUUUUCGAGACCAGAAAUUGUCUCAACUGCCUGUGCCUGUGAUAAGUGUACAUCUACAAAUGGAUGGAAAGAAAGAAGAAAGAGAAGUCAACAUGACGGCAGAUGAAACUUUUGUUUCAGACACGUUCAAGAAUGACGUUUACAACAGGAAUUACGUCCAGUCCUUCCCGUUAUGCAUCCAAGACCAUAAAUGGAACCGGCAAGAACACCUCUCAGAAAUCGACAGACAUGGAAAUGAGGCCAUUUAGAAGAACAUAC